CAGACGACACUAUCCGCAUUGUCUUUCUCUGGCCAGCUAUUAUAAUCCAAGAUCAGGCCGCCUAGAACACUCUCCUGUUUCCAGCACAGCUGAGUGAACAGUGGAACACAUGAGUGCCGCCCCCAUGCAGAACGUCUGCAGCCAGCCAGAUGGAAUGGAAUCCAACCCAAAACUUUUCGCCUCAAAUGGCCCAAACUUCCGCUGUGGUGAUGAACUGAUAAUCGUCUACCGGCCAGCUAGUCCGUCAGCUCGCGUCACGCAGUGAAGCGAACACUCUUCCUUCCUUGAUGUCCUCUCGAGAACGAGCAAAUGACGACUGGUCAGCUGAGAGCGUUUCUCCGGCGACGGCAAGUAAGCGAGCGUGGGCGGCCGUGAACGGGGACUCGCACUCGCCUGAGAAGAAGGCAGCGACCGGUGACCAGAUGUGCCUGCAGGAUCGAGUAGGUUGUAAGGCUGUAAGCAUCCGUUUUCCCGAGAAAAUUCAACUCCAGUUUCUAGUGCUCCAUCUAUUGGGUGGGCGGCGCCAACCAAGCGGUGCGUCACCACACCCAUAGACCCACUGGCACGUCGGGCCACAUGUCACUCGGAACCACCCGCCCCGCCUGCCCGGCGUGACGGCGUCGCCGCCCAGAACCAGACAGCCAGUGCUCUGGGCACACAUGGGCUCCUGCAUGCGCGCCACCUUUCGCCACCUCAUACGCCCGGCCGGCGCGCGCCCGCAGCCGUCCGUUCGCCUCCGCUCCACGGCUCCGAUGGCGCGGCCGCACCCUAUAAAUCCCACCGCCCACGCGUGGCCGUUGACACUUGACACAUACCACCUCCCGGCUCCCGCCCGCCGCGCCGCGUGCGCGGUGCUGCCUGUGACCCCGUUUGGGGAAGGAAUGGAGCUGGAGGCCGCGACCCAGCGGUUCCAUCUCUGGUUCCGCGGGCUGCGCUCGCUUCGCCGCGACCUCAGCUCGGCCCGCUGGUCCGACGAUCCGGCCCAGCUGGAGGCACUGGUGGGCCGCUUCGUGGCCCACCUGGAGUCCUACUGCGCGGCGCGCGCGGAGCUGGACCCGGUGUGGACGCUGUCGGCGCCGUGGGCCAGCCCCGCGGAGCGCGGCGCCGCGUACUGGCUCGCCGGGUGGCGCCCCACCACGCUGGUCCACCUGCUCUACACGGAGUCCGGCCGCCGGUUCGAGGCGCAGCUGCCGGACCUCCUCCUGGGCGUGCGGUCGGGGAACCUGGGCGACCUCAGCCCGGCGCAGCUGGCGCAGGUCGACGAGCUGCAGCGGCGCAUGGUGGCGGAGGAGGACGCGCUGUCGCGGGAGAUGGCGCAGGUGCAGGAGGGCCACGGCGUGGUGGUGGCGGCGGCGCCGUCGCCGUCGGGGGAAACCGAGCUGGACGUGCGCGGGCUGGUGCGCCGGCUCAGGGCAGUGCUGGACAGGGCGGACGCGCUGCGGCUGCGCACGAUGAAGCGCGCGGUGGAGAUCCUGCAGCCGGCGCAGGCGGCCGAGCUGCUCGUCGCCGCCGCCGACAUGGAGAUCGGCUUCCGGGAGUUCGGGCUCAAGUACGGCUCGGGCCGCGACGGAUGAGUGUUCUGGAGCUCCUCGCCACCCGAUUUUUUCCAUCAUCCGAUUUGGUCCCCAAUCGAGCUCCAAUCCGUCCGAUUCGAGAGUCCGCGAGGUCACCUUCCCUGGCCAUCACGCUCCCUCCUCGCUCGGCGGCGUAAGCGUAACCCAGUUUUUUUCUCCAUCCACGAUAUUUUUCGUGGUGGUUGUUUUAAUUGGGCCUUCUCGCCGAGUGGCUAAUGGGCCGUAGCAGGGCAUGCGAAAAAAUAAUAAUAAAAUGCACGAGAUUGCCCGCCGGAGGUUUUUUUUA